UCACACAUACGCCAGUCGCUAUCUAGCACUCGUGAAGAAGAGAGGGAGGCGGCUGACUAAAAGGCAAAACGAGAGCUCUCUGGUCGCCCUCAGUCGUAGCUCGUACUCCGGUAGUGGUUUACUAUUUAUUGCCUCCCUUCGCCUCUGAUCGUUUGGUUGUAAAAACUGGGGUGGAAGUAUAUAAUCUUUACGCUUAACUUUUUUGUUUUCUUAAAGGGGCAAGUAACAAUCUAGCCGUGGAUAGAGAUAUAUUACCCUUAUUUUAAAAGUUGAAACAGUAGAAGUGUAUCAUCACCAGGAGAGAUGCGGUGGCGAAAUCUCGUCGGAUUCCUGGGCAUUCUUUGCGUAACAGUGGUCAGUGGGUGCGUUUACCCUCGUUACACCGACGAAUAUGACGACGAGGACGCUGGCAGUGGCGUCAGCAGGAGGCGCUUCAUUCGGGAGGUGACGCUGCACGAAAGAUCCAACUGCACCUCCGGGGAAAUACAGCCUCGUAUCAGGGUGGAUACGAGCGAAAGAGUCGCAGCGCUUCGUCAGCAAAUGUUACUGAAAGGAUUUGAUGCUUAUAUUGUCCCAUCGGAUGACGAGCAUCAAAGCGAGUACGUGUCGGCCCACGACGAGCGUCGUAAGUACAUCACGGGCUUCAGCGGCAGCGCUGGAACGGCCGUGGUUACGCGAGAGCGACAGGCCCUUUGGACCGAUGGUCGCUACUUCCUGCAAGCAGACGACCAGCUCGACUGUAACUGGUUGCUCAUGAAGCAGAAGAAUGAAGGGGUGCCCAAAAUGACGGAGUGGAUCACGCAGAACUUGGUGACCGGAUCCAAAGUUGGCGCUGAUCCCAGGCUGAUCGGAGCCGAGACUUGGAAAGUGUAUGCUGAAGAGUUAGCAGAGGCGGACAUAGAGCUGGUUGCUUUGGAGACUAACCUUAUCGACCUCAUUUGGCCGGCCGAGGAGAGAGCCCCCCACUCCACCAGCCCCCUCAUGGUCCACGAAUUGAAAUUCGCAGGGAGAAGAUGGGAAGACAAAGUGGCAGACGUUCGGACUGAAAUGGAGAAACACAACGCUGAUUUACUGGUUCUGUCGGCGCUGGACGAGAUCGCAUGGCUGCUUAACCUGAGGGGAGAUGAUAUUCCUUUUAAUCCUGUGUUCAGGAGCUAUGUGCUCAUCGGCAAGAGGAGUAUGGACGUGUAUCUCCCCCAUGGCAAGAUCACCCCUGCAGUAGAUCACCACUUAAAAGUCAACCAGUGCAAUGGUCAGGAGUGUGUCAGGAUCAGUGACUACCUGUCUGUGCUGGACCACCUUCGCGCUCUCAAGCUAAAGAAUGAAGUGAAGAAAGUGAUGCUGCCUUCCAAGUUUUCCUACUCUGGCGGCGUUUCCUUUGCUGUAUACUCAGCUGUGCCUGAAGAUAAGAGAAUUAUGGCGACAUCUCCAGUUCUGCUGAUGAAAGCAAGAAAAAAUCGGGUAGAGUCACAGGGUAUGAAAAAUGCCCACAUCAAGGAUGCAGUUGCCCUUUGCGAUUUCCUCUCUCUUCUCGAAAUGGAGGUUAAAGACGGCAAAUACUGGGACGAGUUUUCAGCCGCUCAAAAGGUGGAGGAAUUCCGCAGCCAGCAGAAAGAUUUCGUGUCGACCUCCUUUGCCACCAUCAGUGCCUUUGGCUCUAACGGGGCAGUCAUUCACUACCAUCCUCAAAGGGAAACAAACAAGCAAAUUGACAACACGUCCCUCUACCUCCUGGAUUCUGGUGGACAGUACAAAGAUGGCACAACUGACGUGACUCGCACAAUGCAUUAUGGCGAACCUACACCUUAUCAGGUUGAGACAUACACGCGCGUUCUUCAGGGAGCCAUUGACCUUGCCAGCCUUGUUUUCCCAGAGGGCACCGGAGAUACCAACAUUGACAUCAUGGCCCGCAGGCAUUUGUAUGAAGUUGGGCUGGAUUAUCGUCAUGGAACUGGCCACGGUAUUGGAAUGUUUCUCAAUGUUCAUGAAGCUCCCAUUCAGGUCAGAAUAUAUGGAACAGAAGAGCAUAAAUUUGAAGUGGGACACUUCUUCUCUGAUGAACCUGGAUUCUACCAAGACAAUGAGUUUGGGAUUCGUCUGGAGACUAUCUUAACGGUUGUGAACAAGGAAACUCCCUAUGAGUUUGACAAGAAUUCAUUGGGCUUUGAGCCAGUGACGUUGGUACCAUUCGAAGAAAAUCUCAUCAACUUCACAAUGCUCACCAGCAAACAGUGUCAGUGGCUCAAUAACUACCACGCCCACGUGAGAGACAUUGUGGGCAGAGAACUCAUCGCUCAGGGGCGUAAGCGAGGCUACGACUGGCUGAUCUCCAAAACGGAACGACUGCCCUGCGUCAGCGAUAAGUUCAACUUCGCCCCAGAUUUUGAAGACGAAAAUUCUGUUUCAUCUCGCAAGAAACGGGAAAUCACUGCGGGAUACCGCUCAAAUUGUUCUAUGGAGGUCUGCAUAUCGGAGAUAUGUACAGAUACAACUGUUCGGGUUGAAAGACUCCGUAGGGAGAUGACCAUACGUGGCUUAGAUGCUUAUAUCAUUCCAUCUGGAGAUGCUCAUCAGAGUGAAUACGUACCAGAGGCUGAUAAACGAGUUCGGUACAUUAGCAGUUUCACGGGGAGCGCGGCGACAGUUGUGGUAACGAUGGACAAGCAAGCACUGUGGACUGACGGCAGAUACUUCCUGCAAGCAGAAAGAGAACUCGACUGCAAUUGGUUGAUCAUGAAGGAGCGAGCUGACGGUGUUCCAAAACUGACAGAGUGGCUGAAACAAGAACUCUCCAAUGGAUCACAAGUUGGAGCGGACCCAAGACUCCUGAGUGCUGAUUUAUGGAAAUCUUAUGAAAAAGAAAUUUCAGAGACGGGUAUUGAAUUCAUACAAGAGGAAACAAAUCUAGUUGAUCUGGUGUGGCCAGAUGAUGAGCGACCAUCCUAUUCAGAAGAUCCUCUCUUUAUUCAUGAGUUACAGUUUGCAGGAAAGAGAUGGGAAGAAAAAGUAGCAGAGGUAAGAGCAGAAAUGGAAAGUAAAGGGGCAGAUCUGCUGGUCCUCUCACAGCUUGAUGAAAUUGCAUGGCUUCUAAACCUUCGUGGAAGUCAUACACCGUAUAACCCUAUGUUCCGGGCUUAUGUAUUUAUUGGUCGAAACAGUGUUGAGCUGCUCAUUCCAAAUGGCAAGAUUACACCUGCAGUAGACAAUCACCUCAACGUCAACAGAUGUGGUGAAGAGGAGUGUGUUUUGAUUAGUGGAUAUUCAACCAUCCUGAACCGCUUGCAAGCAUUGGAGGUUGAUCAUGGAAUAACCAAAGUGAUGCUGCCAUCUAAAUACUCAUAUUCAGGAGGUGUUUCUUAUGCUAUCUAUUCUGCAGUACCUGAAGAAAAACGUCUUGUUGCCGUUUCUCCAGUCUUGCUGAUGAAAGCACGCAAAAACCCAGUAGAAAUUAAUGGGAUGAUAAAUGCUCAUGUGAAAGAUGCUGUGGCAGUAUGUGAGUUCCUUUCUAUACUGGAAAACGAGAUUCAAGAGGGCAAGGAAUGGGAUGAAUUGAAAGCUCAAGAUGCACUGGAAGACUUGCGCAUGCAGCAGGAAGAUUUUAUGGGCCUUUCUUUUCAAACAAUAAGUGCUUUUGGGCCAAAUGGAGCUGUUAUUCACUACAAAUCUAGGCCUGAAACUAAUCGUGCAAUUACCACUGAUUCUCUCUAUCUACUUGACAGUGGAGGACAGUACAAAGAUGGAACAACAGAUGUAACAAGAACAAUGCACUAUGGAGAUCCUACAGAAUUCCAAAAAGAAUCAUAUACAAGGGUUCUUAUGGGAGCUAUUGAUUUAGCAAUAUUAACUUUCCCAGAGGGGACGAGUGACAAAGAUGUAGAUAUUAUUGCCCGCAAGCACUUAUAUGAAGUUGGACUGGAUUAUCGACAUGGCACUGGGCAUGGAAUCGGAGUGUUUCUGAGCAUUCAUGAAGCUCCAACUCAGAUCAGAAUAUAUGCAACAGAAGAACAUAAAUUUGAGGUUGGGCAAUUUUUCUCAGAUGAGCCAGGAUUCUAUCAGGAUAAUGAUUUUGGUAUACGUUUAGAGACAAUUCUCAGAGUUGUUCCAAAGGAAACAAGGUACAAAUUUGACAAGCAGUCAUUAGGAUUUGAAGCUGUUACACUUGUCCCAUUUGAGGCAAAGCUGAUUGACAUGAAUUUAAUAAGUGAUGUACAGUGUGAAUGGCUGAACAGUUAUCACAACAAUGUGCGUCACGUGAUAGGUAUGGAACUUGAGAAGCAAGGAAAAAAUGAAGCCUAUGACUGGUUAAUUCGAAAGACUGAGCCUUUAGUUUGCCAUCAGGAGAGUGAAAACCCUGCUAAUGAUAUAAAGGUAGUCGAAGAGGUUUAUCAAACAGAAACAGUAAGAUCAACUUAUGAAGCAUCCUCCUCUACUUCAGCAUCUACUAAAGGAGCAGAUGCCACAAAGAUUGAAUAUACUACUUCGGCCAUAACAACUAAUUCUGACAUAAUCGGAGACCAAGUGGAACCUGCAGGAGGAAUAUCUAUUACUGCUUCAUUUUGGGUUGUGUUAAUAGCAUUUAUUUCCAUGAUAAUUUGGUAAUAUUUGCUUCAAUUUUAUUAAUGGUACAAUACAAUAAGUUAAUUGUGAUAUUGGUGUCUGUUUUCACCAAAUUUGUGCUAUAAUUUGCCAUGUUCAAUUCUUUACUUUCUACAUAAGAUUCAUUUCGACAAAUUUUACUAACUACUCUACUUCUGUUGAUCGAGAUUAAUUUCGACAAAUUUUACUAAUUCUACUCUACUUCUGUUGAUUGGGAAAUCUAAGUUGAAAGCAUUUAGAUAAACAGCAAAAAAAUCUUUAACCCUUGAACAGAAAGAGAAAAAAGCUUAUUUAAUGAAGAUAAGAAAAAUUUUGGAACAUUGUACAAUUUCACUGUCAAGAGAUACCAAAUUGAAAUUUAUAUACAACCUAAAUCAUGUAUUAUCAUACGUUCUUUUGUUUGGUGUACUACAGUUUUAUUUUUAGAAAUAUUCUUGCUUGGAAUACAGUAAUGAUGCUGUUAUAGAAAGUUAAACUAUUUUUCAAUUUAUUUUUUUCUAAUUGGCAUGAUUUCCCAAAGCUUGUUAUAGAAAGUUAAACUAUUUUUCAAUUAUUUUUUUUUCUACUUGGCAUGAUUUCCCAAAGCUUACAAUGUACAUUGUAUGAAUGGUGGAUAUGAGUGAUUCUGAUUGCACAAUACACUGUUAUUGUGCUGUAUAUAAAUUCCAUUUAAGAAAGAUUAUUGAAAGGUUCCAAAUUUCAGUAAUAUAAUUUUCAUUUGCAUUUGAAAUUUUAGUCUGUAUAGUGGAAAGAAUAGUGGGUGGGGCAUUACAAUUUAGAAAUUCUUUAUGUGCAUUUUGGUCAGAAGUGUGUUCAAGUUCCUGGGUAUUCGUGUACUGUAUCAUGCAGUCAUUGUAACUGCUACCAAGAAUCCUUAGAUUACAAUAAAAUUAUUGAUGCUGCUUAUAAACAACAUCCCUAUCAUAAAACUUCACUCUGUAAAAAUGGUAUAAAUGAAGGCUGUAUAUGUUUCAUAAUAAAAUUUACUUUCCUAGA